GGGGCGGUGCGAUUGUGAGGUGGCUGCUGACGCACGUUCCGGGGUUCUUAAGCGGCGAGGGCGGCGGCGGCCGAGGCAGCGGCGGUGGUGCCGGAGCCGGUUCCGGGAGGCGGCGGUGGCCUCCGUGAGGGGCGGCGGGGCCCAAGUCGGUGCCCCGGCUCAGUCACAGUGUCCCCCUUCCCAUUGACCCCAUCCUUCCACCACGGCCGCGCCGCCACGGCUCCCGGGGCUUUCUAGGCGGGGCAGGGGACGGGGUGCGUCUCCUGCCGCGGCCGCCGGCCUGAUAAAUGCGGGACUUCGGGUUCGGGGUGCUGCACACUGCCCUGCUGCGCAGCGGCAGCCCCAGAUCCUCGCCCGGCGGCAGCGCCUACCGGCCCUUCGCCGCCGGGUCGCCCGCCACGCCCUUCGGCCCGCUGUCGCCGCCGCCGUUGCCUGUCACCGGCUUCUCCGAGGCCGCCUCCCCCUUCGCCAUCCCCUCGGGCGGCGGCGCGGCCAGCUCAGCCGCAGCUUCCUCUUCCUCCCCGCUCGUGGCGCAUCAGCAGGCCGUGCAGGAUGAGCUGCUGCUCGGGCUGACACAGCAGCCGGCGAGGCCGCUCUCGGGGGCGGCGGCCGCAGAGCAGCUCCCCAGCCACCACCCCGGCGGCAGCACGAACGCGGGUGUGACCCACCUCCUCCCCUCCCAGGACUUCAAACCGAGUCUGCACCACCCCUCCUCCUCCUCCGCCUCCUCCUGCUGCUGCUGCCGCACCUCCUCCCCGCAGGACUUCAGUAAGCGGCAGCAGCAGCAGCUGAGCAGCCAGAAGAGGAAAGAGUUGAGUCCGCCACACCGUCCCCACCCUCCGGACGCGAAGCCGCCGCCGCCGCCGCUCCACUGCCCCGGCCGCUUCAGCCCGCCGCCGCCAACGCCGCCGCCACCACCCGGGCCGCUCCUGCAGUCGGCGCCGCUCGCCCAGCGCCCGCAGCCGUUCAGCCUCCCGCACACGCAGCACCUCCCGCCGCAGGACUUCGCCCCGCGGCAGCGCCCGGCCGACCUGCCCCAGCUCCCGCAGCUCCCGCCCUCGCCGCCCGCAGCUCCGCGGCGCCGCCACGGAGGCGCGGGAAGCCCUCGCCAGACCCCGGCCGCGGGCGAGGGCAGCGCCGCCGAGCCCCCCAAUGCGGGCUUGCCCCCCUCGACGCCGCCGGUGAACCCCGCGCCGGGCUCCAUGGAGUCGCCCAACCACCCUCUGCUCAACAGCCCCAGCACCCUUCUGCCCGGCGCGGCGCUCGGCACCAGCGCCUUCAGCAGCCUGCAGAGCCCGGACCUGCCGCACCCGGGCGGCGGCGGGGGCGGGGGACCCCCCGGAGGCGGAGGGGGAGGCGGCUCCGCGUCUCCGCCACCGCUGCCCGGCUUCGGCACCCCCUGGUCCGUGCAGACCGCGUCGCCGCCGCCGCCCCAGCCUCCGCCGGCGCCCCAGCAGCAGCCACCCCAGCAGCCGCAGCCGUCCCAGCAGCCGCCGCAGCCACAACCCCCGGGUUCCUCGGCUGCCACCCCGGGCAGCGGCGGCGGCGCGGGCGGCUCUCUGAGCGCCAUGCCGCCGCCCAGCCCGGACUCGGAGAACGGCUUCUACCCCGGGCUGCCGUCGUCCAUGAAUCCGGCCUUCUUCCCGAGCUUCUCGCCGGUGUCGCCGCACGGCUGCGCGGGGCUCAGCGUGCCGGCCGGCGGUGGCGGCGGCGGCGGCGGCUUCGGCGGCCCGUUCUCCGCGCCCGCGGUGCCCGCGCCGCCCGCCAUGAAUUUACCUCAACAGCAGCCGCCGCCAGCGGCGCCGCAGCAGCCGCAGAGCCGGAGGUCACCCGUCAGCCCGCAGCUGCAGCAGCAGCACCAGGCGGCCGCGGCCGCCUUCCUGCAGCAGAGGAACUCGUACAACCACCACCAGCCUCUUCUGAAACAAUCUCCUUGGAGCAACCAUCAGAGCAGUGGCUGGGGCACUGCUAGCAUGUCCUGGGGAGCAGUGCAUGGCAGAGAUCACCGCAGAAGUGGGAACAUGGGAAUUCCAGGGACUAUGAAUCAGAUAUCGCCACUGAAGAAACCGUUUUCGGGUAAUGUUAUAGCACCACCGAAAUUCACUCGCUCUACUCCAUCACUGACUCCAAAAUCUUGGAUUGAAGAUAAUGUGUUCAGGACAGACAACAAUAGUAACACACUCUUACCCUUACAGGUAAGAAUGGUGAGAUCUAGUUUGCAGUUGCCAGCUUGGGGCUCAGAUUCACUCCAAGAUAGUUGGUGCACUGCAGCCGGAACAUCCAGAAUAGACCAGGAUCGAAGUAGAAUGUAUGAUAGCUUGAAUAUGCACUCUCUGGAAAAUUCCCUUAUUGAUAUCAUGAGAGCAGAGCAUGAUCCUCUCAAGGGUCGUUUGAGCUAUCCACAUCCAGGAACUGACAAUCUGUUAAUGUUAAAUGCAAGGAGUUAUGGGCGAAGACGAGGUCGAUCUUCCCUAUUUCCAAUAGAUGAUAGCUUGUUGGAUGAUGGUCACAGUGAUCAAGUUGGUGUUUUAAACUCACCAACAUGUUAUUCAGCUCAUCAAAAUGGAGAACGAAUAGAACGCUUCUCUCGAAAAGUUUUUGUUGGUGGGCUUCCUCCAGAUAUUGAUGAAGAUGAAAUCACUGCCAGCUUCCGAAGAUUUGGACCUUUGGUAGUAGAUUGGCCUCAUAAAGCAGAAAGCAAGUCCUAUUUUCCACCAAAAGGCUAUGCAUUCCUCCUCUUUCAAGAAGAGAGCUCAGUCCAGGCGCUCAUUGACGCUUGCAUUGAAGAGGAUGGGAAGCUCUACUUGUGCGUUUCCAGCCCUACUAUCAAAGACAAACCUGUUCAAAUUCGUCCUUGGAAUUUAAGUGAUAGUGAUUUCGUCAUGGAUGGUUCUCAGCCUUUGGAUCCCCGAAAAACAAUUUUUGUUGGAGGUGUUCCUAGGCCAUUAAGGGCUGUGGAACUUGCUAUGAUCAUGGACCGGCUGUAUGGUGGUGUGUGUUAUGCGGGAAUCGAUACAGAUCCAGAACUAAAAUACCCAAAAGGUGCUGGGCGAGUUGCUUUCUCCAAUCAGCAGAGCUACAUUGCUGCCAUCAGUGCUCGAUUUGUUCAGCUUCAGCAUGGUGACAUUGAUAAACGUGUGGAGGUGAAGCCAUAUGUGCUAGAUGACCAGAUGUGUGACGAGUGCCAGGGUGCGCGCUGUGGUGGGAAAUUUGCCCCCUUUUUCUGUGCCAAUGUCACCUGCCUGCAGUAUUACUGUGAGUUUUGUUGGGCAAAUAUCCACUCUCGUGCAGGACGCGAGUUCCAUAAGCCAUUGGUGAAGGAAGGUGCUGAUCGCCCACGUCAGAUCCACUUCCGCUGGAACUAAGUAUAGCAAACUGGCCUCCGUCUAACAAGAAAGGAAAGGGUGCAUGUGGCUUACUGUGCUGAAGACACUGACGUGCAGAAGAAAUAAGUGCAUUCUUCUGCUUCUCACCCAGCUCUCGAUACAUGCAUCGUUAUCAGCAGCCAAAACACUACAAGCCUCUUGUUUUUCACCAAAACCCUACAUCUCAGGCUUACUAAUUUUUGUGAUAUUUUCAUGUUAAAAUAAAAUGUUUUUUUGUAUUUUC